UUCCAGAAAAAGGCCCUAUAACAGAUUUCAGUGUUCAUUUUUUAUUUUAAGUGAUAUUAAUUCAGUGGAUUGCAGUGAAACUGUUAAGUGCGAGAAAAGACCAUACGAAAACAGUUUUUUUGCAAGCUUUUUGAGGACUUCAUAUUAAUAUACAGUGAGAUGAACCUUUAAAAUCAUCCACGUGAAGGCCUUCCAAUAUGGGCAGUAGCAAAAUAACGUCACAAACCAUCAUGGCCGAAGAUAAAAAGUCAAUAAAAAAGAUUUUAAAAAAUAUUUUCGGCAAGAAAGAGAAAAAAGACAAAAUUGUUGAAAUUAAAAAGGAACCAGAAAAAACUAAAAAUAUUGUUAACGUUAACGCGAUUGUUGAAAAUUUCGAUAAACUACACAUAGAGAAGAAAAACGUGGAGAAAGAUGACGAAGACGAAGGUUUUACUCGUAAAGUAAUUGAAGAUGAUCGCAGGACGGAGAGAACAGAUUCACAGUCUUCUCAGGACAGUGGAUUCGCACACGACGACGACGAAGACGAAUUCGAAAAAAAAGAUGAUGUUAUUGAAGUUGCGGAGAAAAUUAACAAUGUUACAAAAAAAGAAAAAGAAAACCCAACAGAAGAAAAGACAACAAAAGAAGACGAUGACGUCACUUCUGCAUUGGAGAAGUUAGAAAUAGAAGAGAAGACAGACAAAAAGGAGAAGAAAAAGAAAAGCCAGAUUGUCACCGUCAAGAGAGGUCCGAUUAGGAACAAACUUGAUUAUGCGGAACAUCCUUACGACCAGCGGGAAUCCACUUUCAGACAUAUCAACCAGGUCAACCAAAGGACCUUCUCCGGCGGCCAAGUAAUCGUGAACCCGAAUUCGAUUUCGCAGUUUAGCCAAUUUAACCAAAAAGCUACUGUCGACCAAGCUUUACAAGAAUUCAACCAAGGCCUAGCCCAAGUCGGCGUCAACUUCAAUGCUCCACCACCAGACCUGGACCUCCUGCAAGAGGUAAUUGACGCAGAGACACCUAACAACACAAAUCCAACAGAAACCGAGAGCUUGUUAACCGACUUUUUUGAAAAUCCCGACAACAUACCAUUGCUGCACACAUUUGUCGCAACACAGUUAAAUCAAAUUACGACUGCGGAACCGGAAAACCCGAUUCAGGACUUUAAUAAUGCCAACCCUUUGGAUACCUACGAACAUUUGGAUACACUUCUCGAUUUUCAUAAUGAUCAGUUGUACACUAAUAUCUAUCCAACGCCGCCUAGUGCUGAAAUUGCAAGUCCCAAGAACGACUAUACCUUUCAGACUCCACCAUACUCCGAUAAUAUGAGUCCAUUAUCCAAUUUCGCCACAAAUUCAGAUUACACUCUAUCACCAAUAAGUGAUCUUGAACGUUGCCAAGAAAUACCUUCUUACGACGAGAGCGUAUCCGAACACGAAGAGACUACAGAUAAAAAAUCCAUCGAUCGAAAAAGUUCCGUAUCCUCUUUGUCUAUGAAAAAUUACAAAGAUUUGCAAAAAGAGAUCUCCGCAAGUUUCUCGAAAAAGGAAUGUUGCCAAUCCAGCCGAAAAGGGUGCAAGGAAAUUUUUAAGGAGCACUUGAAGAAAUUAAAAGUUGAAGACAGGAGACAUAUCUGUUUGAAAAUUACCAGCUUGGACAUGGAAAUGGCUUGCGGCGUCCUCCAUAACAUUCUCUGGAGCCUGUCCCAGCACGGCGUACAGCCAGAUAAGGAGAUGGCGUUGAUCGUUCUUCUCUGCGAAAGGAUGCUAUCGCAACAACCCGCUGUCUUCCUUGGUGAACAGGGCUUGGCGCUUUUGAAAUCGGCCGCUCUGCGUUGCUUCAAACGGCCUCUACUCACUCGCUAUCUAGUGCAGUGUGUCAGAGUCGCCAUAAGAGCGGAUCCCAGUGCUGUAGACGGCCGAGACUGUGUCUUCAAUGAGAUCGACGCGCAAGGCGACAAUCUCGUGCUUGCGUGCGCGCGCGCUGGCGACUUGUUCGCCGACGUGCUGUACGAGCUGACCGUGCGCGAACAGCACCAAAUGCCGCUUUUCAACGUGCAUCACGUCAAUACCGAGGGUUAUGCAGCAUUGCACAUGGCCUGUCGUCUGCACAGCGCCAGCUCGCCACGACUUCACGUCGCUCACGUUUUGUUGGAACACGCCGGGGUCGAUAUUUGGCGAGGAGACGUGAAGGGCGCAGACACGUGCGUGCACCUGGCUGUGAACUCCCCCACCUGCGACCUGCACCUUCUGCUGCUUCUAUUCAGACACCUGGACCGCAAGCAGUGGAAGAAACUUGCUCAUGCUCAAAACAGAAGCUCUGUAACCCCCUUGGAACUAGCGCGCAGUGCGGCCAAAUCGACCACCCGGCAGAACUACCCCCUCGAGGUCCUCGAAUUCCUCAAAAAGUGUCGUUGAAUUCGUUUAUACAAAAAUAUACUUCCAAUACAGACCACAUUAUACUCUUUACAGCUAUCACAAGGUGAUAUCAACUUGUGGUACCUUUAAAGGUAACAGCUGAGUGACAAGAUUCACAAAUCUGUCACAAGGUGUCGCUUACGACGUUUAAAGCUGAAAACCCCAGUGCAAAGGUCUAUAACAGACCCAUUAAAGAAUUUCGUAGACCUGCUGGCCUUUAGCUCAAUUGUCAGAGUGACACAGUAGACGCAGGGUCGAGGAAUUUUUUCUUUAUAUUUGUGUUAAUAAUUACAACAAACUAUUGAAGUUGUUUCACGGUCGUAAACAUCGUGAAAUUCCAAAAAGUCAAUAACAUCUGUACUCUAUAAAUACUCCUGCCACUACUGGGCACGGAUCGUGUCGAUCAAAGGAUAACUUUGAAACGUUCUUAUUGUAAGUGACAUAGGGUUGAAAAUAAAACUUAAUAUGUAAACUUUAAAAUGCUCUUGACUGUAUAACAGAUGAAGAUUGUUUAAUCUUUUAAUCAUGGGUAUUGUCGUCUCAACUGACAUGACACAACGCCAUCUUUGUACUAAAUAAAAACAUCUGAAAAGAAAAAUCUGAAUUUUACUGUGAAUGGGAUACUGAGUUUUUCGUUGGCCAAAAUAUCGAACACGUUUCAAGAACGUCAUAAAACCGAAAGAACGUCAGCCCUGAAGCUUUAGAUUUCAAUGGCGUUGUAGAUUUUUCUACUAGGGGACUGUACAUACUUUCGAACGACGGUCCGAGUUUUCCAGAUUUGUAUAGUCUCCAAUUCGAAACGCGCUAAGAAAGCUACACGAGAGUAGGGAACCAUUCCUUAGUCGCUAGCCGCGACACCCAAGUGAAUAUACUCUGUGGUUCUAAUACAAACUACACUCACGCGUUGUGAAAUCUACAAUAAACGCAAUAAGCCUAAAUUCACAAUUGAAUUGGAACUAGAAAUAAUGCACAUAAUAGAUUUUACUUUCAGGCAAAAUCCUAAAUAAAGACCUGGAUAAAGAAAUGCAUUUUUUUCCGAUUGUGUUGCCCGUGGAUUUGUAAAUAAUAUCGACCGAAGCCUUAUUAAAAAGUGAUAAAAAUUAUGUCUUUUUUUUUAAUUCUAAUAUGGUUUUUUUAAGUAGGCGUUACAUUAAGUUUAUAACUAGAUAUAACUAAUUUUAAAUAGUAAUUCUAGAUUUUAAACAAUUUUUUUGUGUAAUAAUAAAACAACACCUUAUGAAAACUUGUUUUAAGGAUCGAGGUUAUAAUUUGUUCAUGAACAAUUGAUAUCGAACAAAACAAAAUGUAGUUUUAAUUAUUUCUUAGCAUUACCAACUCAAUGGUCGUGCCACAGUCUGGCACUGGUCUCCUAAAUGAUAAAACAGAACAAAUAUAAUUCGUUACAGUACAUAGUUAUAUUAUUUCGUGUUGUGACAUUAGUUUUUAUGUUAAUUAUCAAAUAUAUUAAGUAUCAAACCAAUGAACGUGGUUCUCUUUGAAAAAAAUGUUAAAUGUGCUUCCAAAUUGUGGAUUUUUACGCUGUAAAUUCCUUUGGUCAGUGUGGAAGCCGCUAAAUCGAUUUCGCCCUCGAGUAGUUUAUUUUUUAAUAAUAAUAAAUGACGGGACGAAUGAGUCCGUAUCAGUUGCAGUGCUUUCAAUCCCGAAGAUCUGAAGGGCACUGCCAUUGCGCCCGUCGCCCUGAGACAAGUUGACAAGUCCCAAUGUGCCUGUAAUUUCACCAGCACCCUUACCCUUCAAAACCGGAACACAGUAAUGCUCACAUGAUUUAAAAUUAGCAGACAAGGUUUGUAACAACAGUCAUUUUGAACAAUAAAACCUGCUAAUUUAAAAAAUGAUCUCUUUUUUCAAUUGAUCUGAUAUAAUUUUUCAAAAAUAAACCGCAAUUAAAAAUUAGGUCAGAAUAACCCACCAUGUUGUAAUAACAAUUUUUUUAUUACGUAUCUAGGUGUCUACUCUCGUUGUCUGUCCAACGUCCGUUCGAAACAUUUACUGUCAAAUAAGUUAAAAGACAAUGUCGGGUAUGAAGCUUCAUUCCCAUCAUGCAUCUUUUAAUUAGGUGGAGUAUUAAUUAUUUAACAGUAAUUAUUCCGGGCGGAGAACGAGAGAGAAGGGUGCCUUCAAAUUAUAGACGCUUAUAGAAGCUGCAGUGGCACCACUGUACUAAUUUUCAUACAUUAAAAGCGCAGCUGCAGCUCCACUGUCGCGCUGCUUUUGCAGAUUAAACAUAUUGUAUGAAAAUUAGCAAGAAGCAUUUUAUUUGAAGGCGCGUUAAUAGCUUUCAUAAGUUUGUAAAUAUUAAAAAUGUAUAAACAUCACUAGUUACAGUUUUGUAACAACGGUGAACUUUAAACGUGUAGUAAUCCACUGAACAACGUGAUUAUUCACGACAUUUUAAAAAAUAUAUUAAAAAGUAAAAAA